UUCACCACACAACAAACACGUUACUCUUCUUCAUCAACACAGCCCCCUAUUUCCCAACACUUGAUCAAAAAUGAAAAUAACAACAACAUCACUCCUUUAUCUUUCUCAUCCUCCACUUCCGUCGCCACGUCAUCACCACCGCCGUUCCUCAUAUUUUCCGUUUCAAAUCCGAGCUUCUUCUUCUCCGCCUUCGAAAGUUGUUGUUACCAGAGAACGCGGCAAAAAUCACAAGCUCAUUACCGCUCUCGCAAAUCAUGGGAUCCACAGUUUGGAGCUUCCUCUAAUUCAACAUACACAGUUGCCUGAUCUGGACAAACUUGUUUCUCUAUUAAGUGCAGCCACUAGUUUUGAUUGGAUCACCAUAACUUCUCCUGAAGCAGCUCUGGUUUUUCUUCAAGCUUGGAAAGAGGCUGGGACUCCAGCUGUCAAAGUGGCUGUGGUUGGAACUGGUACGGCAAGCAUAUUUGAUGAUGUUGCACCUUCAUCUAAACAAUUAAUUGAAGUCGCCUUCACUCCAUCGAAAGCAACCGGCAAGGUUCUUGCCUCAGAGCUGCCAAAGCAAGGGAAUGGAAGAUCCACUGUUUUAUAUCCCGCCUCUGCAAAAGCUGGCCAUGAUAUAGAGGAUGGCCUUACUGAGCGUGGAUUUUACAUCACAAGACUGAAUACAUACACGACGGAACCUGUUAAAAUUGUGGAUCAAAUUAUUCUCGAGCAGGCACUCUCUGCUCCUGUCAUUGCAGUUGCAUCGCCUUCUGCAAUUCGUGCGUGGGUCAAUCUUCUAUCUGAACCAGAAAACUGGGCUGGUUCGGUUGCAUGUAUUGGUGAGACAACUGCUUCAGCUGCAAGAAAGUUGGGAUUGAGAAGUAUAUACCAUCCAUCCAGUCCGGGUCUUCAGGGAUGGGUUGACAGCAUCAUUGAUGCUUUACGUGUCCAUAAUCAGUUCUUGAAGGUUUAAGUCCUGGACGGCUUGUUUGUGAGUCAGGUCAGAAGUUAUUGCUUAAGGAAGAAUCUGUUGGUGUUCACGUCCUUGUCAUAGUUGGAAGAUUAUUUGGCCAUGGCUGGAGGAAGUUUCCUUAGAAGAAAUGAUCAUGAGAUCAUGGCCAAUCCUCUUUCUAGUUGGUAGCUUGGGACGGUAUGGCUAGUUCCUCUUAUGCUGGCCAGCACAAUUCUUCAUAGCCAACUAUAUAUCCUCCAAAUUAUCACAUUGGUAGCAUAAUUUUUUUUUUGAUUCAUUGAUGUUUGCUAUUAUAGCAUCUAUGAUAUUCCUUGUCUGACAGUUGGGCAGUAUUCAAUAUGGUAGAGCUGUGGAGGUUUGAAAUGCCGUAUUACCUCUUUGUUAUUGCUCCACCAGUCUCUUGAGGAAGCUUCAACUUCUUUACAGAGAACCUUGAGGAUGUUACGUAUCCGUCGAUGUCUCCUCUGCAAAUUUAUCAUGGAUCAAUUUUAGGUUUGUUUUCCAUGUAAAAUAUUGCUAUAAUAUACUAUUGUUAUAUAUUAUUAUUGUUAUUGUUAUUA